GGAAACGAUCGGCUUCUCUUCUCAGGGCGCAGAUUCAACACAUGAAGGAGGAAACUGUCCUUACAUCAACUUCAGAAGUGAGAACUACACAUCAAUGAAUGAGUCAAUAUCCAAUCAGGCAACUGAUGACUACGUAGGUGAAGUCGGACCUUGCACCUUCAAUAACAGCAACCAUGUGAAACGGCUGCUCAGUUUGUACGUCCACCCUGGCAUCUGUAUUCUGGCCUUCGUGGGGAAUGUUCUGGUAAUCCUCACCAUUGUGCUGAAAAAGAAACGGACCAAAAAAGAGAAUGAAAGCGACAUCUUCCUGCUCAACCUGGCCAUCAGCAACCUGCUCUUCGUUGUGGGUCUGCCUUUCCUCAUCUACAACGAGCUGUUUUCGUGGCCCAUGGGGCAGGUGGCCUGCAAGCUGCUGCAGGGCUCCUACAGCAUUAACCUCUACUCGGGAAUGUUGCUGCUCGCCGGGAUAAGCACCGUACACUACUUCAUCAUGGGCUCUAGUUUUGAAAAUAUGAUGUCAAGAUCAUUGAACGUAUGCCGGAUCAUGUGUGCCAUCAUCUGGGUCUUUGCCAUUCUGGUUUCUGUCCCCACCUACUACUAUCAUCACUGGUAUAAGCCGUCAAGUGACAUAAUCUUCAUGCUGGGGAGUAAAGAAGAAGAUCAGCCUCCACAGUACGUCUGUGCGCUUCGGUUUAACGACAGUAAAUCCUCCCGGAUGGUUAAAUUGGCUGUUCCCAGCUUCCAAAUCACUUUUGGCUUCUUGCUGCCACUGCUCAUCAUAAUCGUCUGCAACACCUUAAUCAUCAUCUCCCUGCUAAGAAAAAAUGCCUCAACGGAAGCCAGAUUUGGGGGACAAAGCCUAGAAAAAAAAGCGAUUAAGAAGAUGAUCUGGAUCAUGGUGGUGUUUGUCGUCUGCCACAUGCCGUACAACCUCAUUCUGCUGUAUGACACCACCAACAUGUUUCAGCUGAUGUCGUGUGAGGUGGCAGACGGUUGGCAGAUUGCCCUGUCGAUUACGCAAUCCAUCGCCUACCUCCAGUGCUGCCUGAACCCGGUAGUGUACAGUUUGGCGGGAGGAGACUUCAGAAACUAUAUCAAGACCUUCUACUUACCCUCAAGGAUAAAUGAGUACGUCUGUGUAAACAUGACUGAACGACCAAACCAGUCAUGUGCUGUUGAACAGUAAAAAGAUUGCAAACUAGACCCAAGCAGUAUCCAUCUAACCAAGAACUCUAAGUAAAGCCCAACUGUAUUUACCUUUGAGGUUUACUAUGAUCUUGAUUGUUGAUAAGGUUGUCCUUGUUUUUCCACAGGUGUGAAACUAUGUUCUGCUUUGUUGUUGUUGUGACCUUAAAUGUAAAUUACAGUAUGAGAUGUUGUUGAAGAAGGAUGACAUGGGAGGAACGAGAGACGAGACAAAGCCGCUCCUCUUCAUCGGCCAUCAGGGGGAUUUUUAUUCCAGGACUUACAGUAAAAUCUUCAUUCAGCAAGAAUCCAUUUCAUCACAACUUCACCGUCUCCUUUUAUAGGACUUAAUUUACAUGGA